UUAAAGCAACCAAUUCAAUUUUACUUCAUUAUUAUCUGACUUUCACGAUCACUUUCAAACACAAAUUUCAAUUUGCAUUCUGUGAUAUAUAUUGAGAUAUAACCCGAUUUUGUACAAAUUCAACGUAAUAAACACACAAAUAAUCCCCUUAAAUUGAAUAAAACAUGACGCAUUUUUCUAUGUGUGAGCCAAAUUAUGAUUUACCACAAACGCUGAGCGCCAUUUUCGAAACCGAAUCGGAUGUCGUGGAAACCGAAAAGGAUAAAUUAGAUCAAGCCAGUAAGCUACAAAGUGCCGAGUAUGAAACUGAUUAUUACCGAGUGCUGCCAUUGUUGUCCUUCAAGAAUGAUCAUCGCGAGAAGGUUUUAUCAUUGAAGGAAAAUGAAUAUUUGCGUUUGCGUUGGCAAAAGUUUUUAACGAAAAUACCCAAAAAUUACAUACGCAUACGACUCUACAACGAUAAGCAGAAAGUACCUAUUACGCCAAGACGUUUGGUAUUGAAUGGUUGCUUUUAUGGUGUGGACAACAAGUUAUCGCCAGUACCGAUUAUUCCCGAUCCGAGAAUGUAUGAAAAGAUCACUUCCAAAAAUGUAGAUAAUGGGCAAGGCAAAGAAGUUAAGUUGAAAGAUAAAAAUCGGGGUGUUUCAAAAGAGCAGUAGCGUUGUAUCUAGUGGCGUGUAAAUAGAAGGCAUAAAUAAUAGGAAACUAAAAUAUAAUUAAACUUUUGAAUUUAUAGUUCUUUA